AUGGGCCCCACAGGCGUUGGAAAGAGCUCGGUCGGUUCUCAUGGUUGGAUCCGCUUACUCGUCACUUAUACCUGUCUACAAGUUCAUCAACUCCUACCUGGGCCAGGAAAAGGCACAAGUGGGUCACGAUACUCGUGCACUGCGACCCUCCAGCCUUUUGUCAACGAUCUCCCGCCAGACGAGUCCGGGAAGCCCAGGCGCCUUGUUCUUGUUGACACACCAGGGUUUGAUGACACCAACGAAGCGGACUCAGAAAUCUUGAGGCAAAUUGCAGUGUGGCUAGCAUCGUCCUAUGGUCCGGGGAAGACAUGUGGCGGUCUCGUCUAUCUCCAUGUUAUAACCGAGGGGCGCAUGCGAGGCACUACUUUCAAGAAUCUUAGAGUAUUUCAAGGGCUUUGCGGGGAAAAAAAAAUUAGAGCCGUCGUUUUCGGGACCACAAAAUCUGGUAAACUUACGCCUGAAGCAUUUGCUAGACGUGAGAAGCAUUUAUCCGACACGUAUUGGAAGAAUUUCACGGAGAAGGGGGCAAUAGUUUUCAAGCUCCUUCCUUCGCACGAUUCGGCGCUAGUCUCUCCUAGACAGACUUCGAUAUAUGUGAAGUCGUACCUUGUUUCACGAUAUAUGAAAUUCGGCGCGCCAGUUACUUCAGACAGUUCUUGA